AUGGAUCAACCUCAGGGCUUUGUAAGUAAAACCCAUCCACAAUAUGUAUGCAAUCUUAAGAAAGCCUUGUAUAGACUAAAACAAUCACCGAGAGCCUGGUUCGGAAAGAUUGCUGAAUUUCUCGAACAUAACGGAUAUUCUAUAACUGCUUUUGAUGCAAGUCUUUUUGUUAAAAGUAAAGGAGACAAGGUUGUUGUGGUUCUGGUAUAUGUAGAUGAUCUGAUAAUCACAGGAAACUAUGAUGAAAUGAUUACUCGGCUCAAAGAAAAUCUCUGCACUCGGUUUUAUAUGAAAGACUUGGGAAGGUUGAAUCAUUUCCUAGGUUUAGAGUUGAGCUACCAGCAUGAUGUGAUUGUUUUGCAUCAAAGGAAACAUUCCACAGACCUGUUAAAUAAGUUUGGGAUGUUAGAUAGCAAGCCAGCAGUAACACCCAUGGAUGCAAAUGUCAAGUUUAGUGCAACAGCAGGUAGAGAACUGGAAGAUGCUUCAAUAUAUAGAAAUAUUGUGGGAAGACUUAUAUAUUUAACUCUAACGAGACCUAAUAUAGCCUUUGCUGUUAGAGUUUUGAGUCGCUUCAUGCAAAAUCCAAGAAAGCCUCACCUGGAUGCAGUACGAAGGGUACUAAGUUAUAUCAAGAUGACACUAAAUUGGGGUAUUUCUUUCAAGAAAGGAGAAGAAAGCAAGCUGUCAGGCUACUGUGAUGCAGAUUAUAUUGGUGAUGUCAAUACACGUAGAUCAACCACAUGUUACUUGUUCAUGUUGGGAUCUAGUGUGGUAACUUGGUGUAGUAAACGACAACCUAUAGUCUCGUUAUCAACAACAGAAGCAGAGUAUAGAGUUGCUGCAAUGGCAGCUCAGGAGUGUGUAUGGCUGGUACAAUUGCUAAAGGAUCUUAAACAGGAGGUGAACUAUAGUGUACCAUUGUUCUGUGAUAAUUUAUCUUCUAUACAAUUUGCUGAGAAUCCCACGUUCCAUGCCUGA